AUGACAUCAUUUGCAAGUACGUUCGGUUCAUCAGAUGAAGGACAAAAUUAUCCGAACAAUAAUGGUAUUAAUUCAACGAAAAAUACAGAUGAUCAACAAGGAUCAAAUAAUUUUUCAAGUGUAGAUCUUGAUCAACAAUUAAUAUUAAACAAAGAACAUCAGUCACCCUAUGUUAGUCUUAGUGACGCAGCAACAUUUCAAACUGAACUAUCAUCAAUGGCUGGCAUCGUAACUAACAAUCCUUCACGUAACCUACCAUUUUCAUCUCAGGAUCGCCUUUCUAAUCAAAGCUUUUCAUCAAAUACAAUAAAGAAUACAUCUUCAGUUCCAACUGAUCGACGUAUAUCCAUUCCAGAUAUGUCAAGAUUAUCAGCAUCAUCAGCUGCAGCCGUUGCUUCCGUUGGACCAACUAUUGAUAAAUUAAAACAAUGGAGUCGUUCAACAUAUAAAUGUACAAAACAAUCAAUUUAUGAAAAAUUAGGCAAAACAACACGUACAGUUGAUGUUGAAGUUGAUACUCAAAUUGAGCAACUUAGAGAAACAAAACGUCGAUAUGAAAAUAUGCUUGCUUUAGCUCGUAGUUAUGCGAAUCAUUUUUUAAGCUUAAUGCAAACACAAAGAGUUUUGUGUGAUCAAUUUCUAGAAUUAAAACAAAAAUCAUUUCUUCUUUGUGAUGAAUUUCAUUAUAAUGCUGAAACACAACGAGUAUUAGUACGAAAUGGUGAAAUAUUAUUAAAUGCUUUACAUUAUUUUAUAUCAACAUUGAAUACACUUUGUACGAAAACAAUUGAAGAUACAAUGACUACAAUUCGACUUUAUGAAGCAGCAAGACUUGAAUAUGAUGCUUGUCGAACAGAAAUGGAACUUUUAUCACCAGGUUCACAAAUGAACGAAAAACAAGAUGAAUUUCAAAAAUAUAAAGACAAAUAUGAACAAUUAAAAUGUGAUGUUAUUAUUAAACUUAAAUUUCUUGAUGAAAAUCAGACAAAGGUUAUGAAAAAACAAUUACUUCUUUUUCAUAAUGCUAUUGCUGCUUAUUUUUCUGGUAAUAAAGAAGCACUUGAUGCAACUAUGAAACAAUUUAAUUUAAAAGUUAAUUCGAAUGAUGAUAAUGAUCAAGAUAGAAAGUCAUUUUUAGAACAGUUAAAUCAUUAG